AAGGAGUUGUCAGUUCACAGUUUUGCCAGUCAGGAUUAAUCUGGCCUGGCAUGAGAUUGCCAUCGAAGUCAUGGAUGGGUAGCCGACAAAAAUUGCUACUAAAUUUCUUUGUCGUAAUUGGAAAAGCUACAAAUUAUCGAUGAAUGCAUUUUCAAAUUGUCGCUCGAAUGGAUCGUGUUCAUAUAACUAAUUUAUAUCGCUUUUCGUGGUUUGAUAGGUGAGAAGAUAGGAGUACAAGUGAAUGGGAAUUGUGCUCCCGGAAAUUCGUCUAUAAUGAAUAAUAAAGGAAAGGGCAAAUGUGUACAGAGGAUUUGAAUGAAAGAAACUGCAAACAUAACAACAAUCAUAAGAUAAUUAAAGGUGUGAAAAACAUACAUACAUAUAUAUGUGAAAGGAAAAGUUGUUGUGAAAUUUAUGAAAAACACGUCAUCACGUAUUACAAUAUUGGGAUCUUCUGCACUUGGCAGCAAAAAGGAAAUGCCGUGAAAUUCUUUUCGAACAAGGCUUCUCUAAUUCUCUAAAAAAAAUGUUGAAUUAAAAAACGGAAAGAAGAAGAUAGACUUGGAAGUAUAUAAAUAAAUAUAAAGCGAAGGAAGGAGAAAACAAAAAAAAAAAAAAAGAAAAGAGAACACGAGAGAGAGAGAGAGAGAGAGAGAGCGAGAGAGGGACGAAGAAAAUGGCAAUAAUUUUAGUCCACCUGCGUCGCAUAAUUUUACUUAUGAGUAUUGUGUACUUGAGUGGCGCUUUCAUCAGGAAAUUGUUAACCGAUUCACGUCACGUCUAUCUACUGCAAAUAAAUGGCGGUAAACCGUUGCUGUGGGCAAAACAUUUACACUUCCAAUGGUGGGCAUACAUAUAUACAAUAUACGCUUAUGUUGUACUCGUGAAUUAUGUUAAUAUGCGGCGUUUCACAAAUAUGCUGGAAUUUUUUAUUACUUGAGCAAAUCCCCUACCCCUGUCAUUUUAUUACAUU